CGCACAGUUGAGAAAGUUUUCUGAUGACUGGUCGCGGUUUGGACAGCCCGUCACCCGAGAUUCGUCUGGUCAGGUAUCCAGACCUGUGAUUUACUGGGGAUAUUCUUUAGCCAAAUUAGCCUUACUUCGUAGGAUUUAACGAUCUGACGACACAGCAUGUUUUCGAGGAUUGGUGUAUGUUGGUGUGUGAUCCUGGUUGUGGUCGGGUUGGGCACAACAUUUGCUCAGAAUGGCACGUCCACUACCACCACCACUACAACAACCACCUCCACCGCUACACUGGCGGUAACUCAGGCUCCGACACCUGCACCACCACCACCGGGCGAAGCUUGCGAGGACAAGAAUGGCACAAACUGUGAUGAAUGUCUGAAGAAUGUAUCGUGUCUGUGGUGUAUUAAAACUAAAUCAUGCGUGACGUACCCUGUUUCAACUAUCCUGCCCCCCUACUCUCUCUGUCCCCUCAACGAUGCUCGGUGGGGCCAGUGUUCAAUAAACUUCCAGACCUUGAUCAUCGCAAUGGCUGUGGUUGGUGGGGUACUCAUCCUCGCCUUCUUCAUUUGCCUCUUCUGCUGUUGCAAGUGUGAGAAUGUGGGGUCAGGCCGUUUCGAAUCCAAGAUGCAAAGGCAGGCUGACAAGAGAAAGGGCAAAUCGGACAUAAGAAAAGCAGAGAUGAAGACGCGACACGAUGAGAUCAGGCAGAAAUAUGGUUUGAGUAGGGCAAGCCCUUAUGCUAGAUUUGAGAACAACUGAAGCAGAUAUAAUGACAGAAGAUCUUCAUCUCUCCUUCAAUUGAUGACCCUGUAUCAGUAUCCAAAGCAGACCAUUCAUCUUGAUUUUAUUGUUACCAAGUAAAUUAUUAUUCCAGUAGUGUAACAAACAAAAUUUUGCAUUGCGAUGGUCCUAUAAUCAGGGCAUUCUUCUGACUGCCAAAACUCACAACACAGAUCCAGUAUCAAAUGUGAAUGCUUUCUAGUCAAAUGGUAAACAGAAAGGCUGCUUUUAUGAAUUUAUGAAUUAUGGUUUACUACUCUGCAAUUAUGCAAUGUUUGUCUGCUGUAGGCUAGUUAUAUCUCUGACAUUUUGUUAAAAUGUUGAACAAGAUCAAAAUGGAUUUUCUUAAAGGGACAGAAUUGUCAAUGUUGUAAAUUAGUUUUGUGUAAUUGGCCACCUAUGAGUAAUCAUUUUGAAUAAAUUAUAUGUUUUAGAGAC